AUGUGGGAACUGCGGUCUGCCUCCUUCUGGAGGGCCAUAUUCGCGGAGUUCUUUGCUACCCUCUUCUAUGUCUUCUUUGGGCUGGGGGCCUCACUACGUUGGGCCCCUGGACCCCUGCAUGUCCUGCAGGUGGCUCUGGCCUUUGGUCUAGCCUUGGCUACACUGGUGCAAGCAGUAGGCCACAUCAGUGGAGCCCAUGUCAAUCCUGCAGUCACUUUUGCCUUCCUUGUGGGCUCCCAGAUGUCCCUGCUCCGUGCCUUCUGCUAUAUGGCAGCCCAACUCCUGGGAGCUGUGGCUGGGGCUGCUGUGCUGUAUAGUGUUACCCCGCCUGCCGUCCGAGGAAACCUAGCACUCAACACGUUGCACCCUGGGGUGAGCGUGGGCCAGGCCACCACAGUGGAGAUCUUCCUGACGCUUCAGUUCGUGCUCUGCAUCUUUGCCACUUACGACGAGAGGCGGAAUGGCCGCCUGGGCUCUGUGGCCCUAGCUGUUGGUUUUUCCCUCACCCUGGGGCACCUCUUUGGGAUAUAUUAUACUGGUGCAGGCAUGAAUCCUGCCCGCUCCUUUGCUCCUGCCAUUCUCACCCGGAACUUCACCAACCACUGGGUGUACUGGGUGGGCCCGAUCAUUGGAGGUGGUCUGGGCAGCCUCCUCUACGACUUUCUUCUCUUCCCCCGGCUCAAGAGUGUUUCUGAGAGACUGUCUAUCCUCAAGGGUGUCAGACCCAGUGACUCCAAUGGACAACCAGAGGGCACAGGGGAACCUGUUGAACUGAAGACCCAGGCUCUGUAA